AUGGAUACUCGUAAGAGAGGACGGCCUGAUACUGGCUUCAAUGGCGGCGGGUUUAAGAAGUCUAAGCAAGAGAUGGAAUCAACUGGUUUAGGAAGCAAAUCCAAGCCAUGCACUAAAUUUUUCAGCACCUCUGGCUGUCCUUUUGGAGAUAACUGCCAUUUCUUGCACUAUGUACCCGGAGGGUACAAUGCUGUAGCACAGCUGACAAACAUGGCGCCACCCAUGCCUCAAGUUUCAAGAAACAUGCAAGGAUCUGGUGGUGGAGGGAGAUUCUCAGGGAGAGGAGGAGACUCUGGUCCUGGCCAUGUCUCUAGCUUUGGUGCCUCAGCUACUGCAAAAAUCAGUGUGGAUGCUUCAUUGGCAGGCGCAAUCAUUGGGAAAGGUGGAGUCAAUUCUAAACAGAUAAGUCGUCAAACAGGGGCAAAGUUAACGAUUCAAGAUCACGAGAGAGACCCGAACCUGAAGAACAUUGAACUUGAAGGAACAUUUGAGCAGAUAAACGAAGCGAGCGUAAUGGUUAGGGAGCUGAUUGGGAGGUUUAACUCGGCAGCUAGGAGACCACCACCAGGUGGUCUCGGCGGUGGUGGGGUUGGUUCAGAAGGGAAACCGCAUCCAGGGAGCAACUUCAAGACGAAGAUGUGUGAGAGAUUCUCUAAAGGAAGCUGUACAUUUGGUGAUAGAUGUCACUUUGCACACGGGGAAGCGGAGCUACGCAGGUCAGGAAUCUCCUAAAGUUAUUACUUGCAUAUCAAGUAACUUCUUUUGUGCUGGAGUCACUACCUUUCACCUACUUUUUUUAUGUUGUGGUCUUUGCUUAUGAGAAUACAAUGUUUAGUUUCAUUGUCAUUGUAUGAUUUUUAGAAUUUAGUUUGGUUAAAUCAAGUUUGGGAGGUUUCAUGAAUGAUUCACAAACUUGGAAACAAACAGUCGAUAGGAUUUGUAUGCUACAUUUGUUUGAUUAUAUUCAUGUUUUCUCUGCUUUAUCA